UUUUGGUUGUCAAUUGUCAUUUCCCGAUUGAAGACAAGGUUUCAAAGAUAAAUCGUCCAUUGGUGAUUCCAUUAUAUUUAUUGCGGAUUCACAAUGUUCUAUAUACUUUUAUUUCAAUAAUCUUAAUCCGUUCUACUGUUUUUACAAUCUGUUCUGCUUGUUUUUACGAGAGUACUACUUUGUAGUCUUAUGUUAGAUUGGUUCAAUCAAUUUGUGUUUAUAGUGUAAUUUCGAAAUCAUGGCUACACAAGGUAAUGAAAUAAAGAGUUAUUUCGGCAGAUGUCGAUGUUGUCUUGAAUAUGGUUACUUAAAAAAUAUGUGGACUGUACACCAUUGGGAAGGCGAGAGUGAAAUUUACGGCGAAAUGAUAACGCAAUGCUUUGCUUUCACCAUGGAGCAGAUUAAGAGUGUUGAUGAGGAUCAGCUCUGUGCAACUUGUAUCUCCAGGCUACGAGAUGCAUGUAAUUUUAAAUGUAUGAUAAUCAAAUCCCAAAGAUUAUUAAUGCAGGAAGGUGCUUGUGAUGAGGAUACUUUAAAUAUUAAACUAGAGCAUGUGAAACCAGAAAGCAGCUUUCACAGUGACACUGAUGAUGAUACAGCAAAUGACACGGCAGAUGAUACUAAAGAUAUGCUAGAGAGGAACGUAGAAAUGGAAAUUAUCGAGAUGGAUGAGAAAACACCAGAUGAUGAUCACUGUUACGAAGAUGUUGAGUAUUUAGAGGAGGAAAUCGUAACUGAAAAAGUUGAAGUUGAGCCUAAUGACUCUAAAUUAGACGAGUCUGAUGAAAGCGGACCGUCAAAACGAAGGUGGCCGAAAAGGUUGCCACGAAACGAGAGGAACAAGCGAUAUAUGCAAUACACUGAGGACGAUUUACGUAAGAGCUUAGAGGCGGUGAGAAGCCAGAAAAUGUCAACGCGCGAAGCGGCGCAGUACUACAAAGUGCCGUGCAAGACGCUUGCUGCCAAGUUGAAACUAGAAACAGAUAAUGUGCCGGAAGCAAACAAAAAGAAAAGAAUGUCAGUAGAUGUAAAGGAGACAAAAUGUGCUAUAAAUGGGGAACAGAAGGGACGGCGCAUGCGCACGCGUACGCCGCGGAAAACCAAACAACACAAAGACGAGAAGGCGGAGAGCGCCGCGCUGCAAGAGAUGAAGAAGCACAAAGAAAAUAUACAUACUAUAUUACUGUAUUCAAAUGCGUCCAUGGUAAAAGGGCAGUGGGGCGGCAAGUACGCAUGUUGCUUCUGCGACGAAAAAUUCCCGAAACCGGCCGAACUCAAACGUCACAACCUCGACGUACACGAAGAUGCACACACUAAAGCGAUACACGUGAAAUAUGUCUCCGAUCUGAUAAUCAAACUAGACAUCACAGCGCUGCGCUGCCUCGUCUGCGGCGGCAAGAUCGACUCACUAGAUCUCCUCAUGAACCAUCUCAAGGAACACAACAAAACAAUACACACAGAUAUCAAAAACCAUAUAAUUCCUUUCAAGUUUGAAAGUGAUGUGUUACAGUGCGUGGCGUGUACGAAACAGUAUCCGUUCUUCAAAACGUUGUCCGAACACAUGAACGAACAUUACAGAAACUACGAGUGCGUAAACUGCGGCCGAGGGUUCAUCAACAAGCAGUCGAUGCAGACGCACAGCUACCGACAUCAGAAGAACGUGGGCGUGUUCAAGUGCACGCACUGCCCGCGCGAGUUCGACACGCGGCACCGGCGCAGCGCACACGUGCGCAAGACGCACCUGCACGGCAGCAAGACGCGCAAGUGCCACGCCUGCGACGAGCGCUUCUCGUCCAGCGCGCAGGUGCAGAUGCACAUGGUGAAGGCGCACGGCGCCGCGCCCGCGGAGUACAAGUGCGACGCGUGCGACAAGAGCUACUCCAACGGCGGCGCGCUGAGCCUGCACAAGCGGCGCUACCACCUGAUGCUGCGCCCGCACAAGUGCGCGGAGUGCGAGAUGGCUUUCUUCUCUAAGAUGGAGCUGCGCUCGCACAUGGUGACGCACACGCGCACCAAGGAGUUCCAGUGCGAGAUCUGCGACAAGCGCUUCGGCACCAAGUGCUGCCUCAACCAGCACAUGCGCGCGCACUUCGGCAUCAAGCACUACCGCUGCGACUGGUGCGACUUGAAGUUCGCCGCGCGCUCUAAGAUGAAGCUGCACAUGCUAAGGAAACAUAGAGAAGUGGUGUAAUCAACGCGGGCAGUCAUUUUCGGAUUACAGUUUCAAAUGUAGAUGGAUGAUGUAUCUGCAGACUACAGUGAAAUUCUUACAGAACAGACAGUUUAAGAUCGAUGAAAACACGGAACGUUUAAAAUCUUUGACGUUAUCAAUGGGGUUCCUCAAGUCAAAUGUCUUUAUGGUGUGUGUAAACAUGAUAGAGAUAGUAAAGUAGUUUCCAAUUAGUUUUAUCAAAUACUAGAAAGAGUCGAAUAUAUUAUUCUGGCUAUCUAACAAAAAUAGUUUCACCUUACCCAAAUCGUUCUCAUGAAGUACUUACAGCGUGUCGGCGAGCUUACCACUAAUUGAAAACCAUUAAUCUAAACAAAAUAGCGUCUCGACUGUUAGCCAAAGGAGUUUUAGGCUUUCGGUGACACUGCUUUUGCCUAGAAUUUCUUAUAUGAAUCUACUAACUGACUAUUAGCAAAGUAUAGUUAAUUACUAAUUUUAAGCAAAAAAUUAAGACGGCAAUUUAGGUGAAAGAAUCUGAUUAAAGUAUUAUUGAUUACAAAAUAAGUUGGCAAUAAGCUAGUGUAAUAUAAUUUACCUGUUUUAGUGUUAUUUUAAAUCAAGCCACCAGGAUUUACAUUCGUUUUUUCGAAUUAAUAAAAUACAAAAAAAUAUUUAUCUACGGGUUGUUCUACAAACUAUCGAUGAAGUUGAGUUUGAUUUCGUUACCAGGAUAUUGUGUAUUCUACUGAUUAUGACUGACAAUUUCACACUUUUAAUAGUAAUUUUGUAAAGAGAAAAAUAUAUCCAUAAGUGUGUUAUGUAGUAUAUUGUACAAAUAAUUUAGUUUGUAACAAUUUUUCAA